AUGAAUAACUCUACAGUGAACUUCACCACACCUGAAGCAUCUACAAAUUCCACAAAUCAGUCCAUUGGGCUACUGGACAAUCUGGAUAUAUGUGGGUACAGCAUCACUUUUCUGUUUGGUCUUCCUACAAACUCCUAUGUCAUAUGGCUCAUCAUCACAGGAAAAGGAAGUGGAGUUGCAUCAGAGUUCUUCAACCUCAGUCUCUCUGUUUAUGUUCAGAUGGUAGAUGGUUUGAUUGAACGUGGAAUUACAGUUAAUAACACCAAAAGGAAAAACAAUGACGUAGUAAAUAGUGACAAGGACGAGGAGAUCGUCAAUCAGGCAAGUAGUGGAGAGAAAUCCAAUCUGACGAUUAAUGAAGAUGACAAACGAUCAGAAAAAGAACAAACAACAAACACAGAGGAGACGAACAACUCCACAACUCAGUCCAUUGGUCUAAUGGACAGUCUGGAAAUCUGUGUGUACAGCAUCAAUUUGUUUUUUAGUCUUCCUGCAAACUCCUAUAUUAUAUGGCUCAUCAUCAUAGGAACACUAAGUGUUGGAGUUGCAUCAGAGUUCUUCAUCCUCAAUCUCUGUGUUUGUGAACUUGGUAUCUGUCUGAAUGGUUUGGUUUUUAGACUGUCAAGGUGGAUCUCAAGCCUUGAGAUAACUGAUGGUUUUUUAAUGGGAUUUACAUUCACAGGGCGUCCUCUGUUUCAGUGUCUGAUCUGUGUUGAGCGUUACCUGGCAGUGGUUCAUCCUGUAACCUUUCUGAAGUACAAACCUCUCAGAUAUAGAGUGAUCUGCUGCACUGCUAUUUGGAUAAUUAUUCUUGGCUCAUGUUUGGUCUGCAUGUAUAAUUUAGCCUCAGACAAAAUUUGUGCACAUGUAUGGUUCUUGACCAUGCAGCUUACACUGGUCAUCUCCAUCCAGUUGUUUUGUCUUGUGGCUGUUCUCAGAGCUCUGAAGCAGUCAGGACCAGGAGAGAGAAGGAGAGCGAGAGAGGAGGAAAACCACAUGAAGAGAAGAGCAUUUCAUCUCAUUCUAGUAACUACUGUGAACAUGAUUAUCCUAUAUUUCCCACUUACAAUCACAGGAAUCUCUGUCAUUCUGACAGCAGACAAUUCUCCAACAGUUUGGUUCACUAGUUUGACUUGUUUUAUUCUGGCUGGUUUUGUUCAGCCUGUUAUUUAUCUGCACAGAACUGAAUCUUUGCCACAAUCCUCUGGCCUUACUAGGAGCAAUUACACCGCCGCCGGGGGCGUCAGCCCAAACAAACGGGUCCCCGCAUGCCAAGACGCCGAGGCUGAUCAUCAGUCCCAGCCAACUCGGACUUUCCUCCCCAUGGGCUCAACCCCGUAA